CAUCUCACUGGCCAACUUUGCCACUCCAGAGUCCAGACUCAUCUCCACGGCUCCAGAGUAAGCUCUAGUCCAGGCACCGAGCUCCAGAGGCAUCAAUGGCUCCCAGCAAGCUUGCAGUGAUCGUCGCCUUGGUGGCGUCUCUCCUCCUGCUCAGCCACAGCAACAUAGUGGCUGCUCCGGGCGGCUCCCCACCGGCUCCUCCCCUCUUCCCUCCUCCCCACCAGAUCGUCGACCCCGCAAAAGACUGCGGGGGCGCGUGCGACGUGCGGUGCGGCGCGCACUCGCGCAAGAACGUGUGCAGCCGGGCGUGCCUCAAGUGCUGCAGCGUCUGCCGCUGCGUGCCGGCGGGCACGGCCGGCAACAGGGAGACCUGCGGCAAGUGCUACACGGACUGGACCACGCACGGCAACAGGACCAAGUGCCCGUGAGGACGUGUGGAGAGCCGCCGUUGCUCGUACGAGACUCCGUGCGUGCGGGCGCCGUGUGUCCCCGACCGAAAAGUAGCCCAAGAUAUGGACAUGGAUGCUGCUAGCAUCACCGUGUGUUUGUCCUAGUAUGAUAAAUCGGUUUAGAUCCAUGUGUUUGUUGGGUUUUGUCUUGGUUUUCAGAGGACGUUGAUGGGCUGGUGGCUCUGGUGUGUCCCUUAUGUAAAUUAAAAAAGUGUUCGUAGGCGUUUCUCAAGCAGUAAAAUCCCUCUUGGAUCAAAUGGACCAUUUGUCUACUUUGUUUACCGUUAUUUAUCUUGCUUCUUGAUUGUUCUGCAGUUACUUAGUUUAACAAUGCCAAAGUAUGUACCCUCACGAGGAUUAUACUUUCAUACUUCUUCCA